AUGGCAGACUCCUUACAUAAUGCGCCUAUAGUCCUCGACAACGGAUCUGGCACUAUUCGAGCUGGUUUCGCAGGCGAUGAUCUACCAAAAUGUUACUUUCCCUCAUGGGUUGGCCGACCGAAGCAUCUGAGAGUUCUCGCGGGUGCCCUCGAGGGUGAGGUAUUCAUAGGACAAAAGGCCUCCACGGAAUUGAGAGGGCUGCUCAAAAUUCGGUAUCCCCUCGAGCAUGGUAUUGUCACCGACUGGGACGAUAUGGAAAGGAUCUGGGAGUAUGUUUACGGUGAAGGAUUGAAGACUCUCAGCGAAGAGCAUCCCGUUUUAUUGACGGAACCUCCCUUGAACCCCCGAAGCAAUCGCGACACUGCCGCCCAGAUCCUCUUCGAGACAUUCAACGUCCCCGCACUCCACACAUCCAUCCAAGCCGUGCUAUCGCUAUACGCCAGUGGCCGAACGACUGGUAUUGUUCUCGAUUCUGGUGAUGGUGUUUCUCAUGCUGUGCCUGUUUACGAGGGUUUCGCCAUGCCCAGCAGCAUUCGCCGAAUCGACGUGGCAGGCCGAGACGUGACCGAGUACAUGCAGACAUUGCUACGGAAGAGUGGAUAUGUCUUUCACACGAGUGCCGAGAAGGAAGUUGUGAGGUUAAUCAAGGAGAGCGUCUCUUAUGUUGCUCAUGAUCCACGGAAAGAGGAGAGGGAUUGGGUUGGAGUGAAGCCCAAUGAGAGCAAGUUUGCCGAAUACGUGCUUCCAGACGGCUUCAAGCUCAAGAUUGGCGCGGAACGCUUCAGAGCACCCGAGAUUCUCUUUGACCCCGAGAUUAUCGGCCUCGAAUAUCCUGGUGUACACCAGAUUGUCGUUGACGCUAUCAACCGAACAGAUCUCGACCUGCGAAAAUCUCUGUACAGCAACAUUGUGCUCUCCGGAGGUAGCACAUUGACAAAGGGCUUCGGUGACCGUCUUUUGACAGAGCUGCAAAAACUGGCCGUCAAGGAUAUGAGGAUCAAGAUCUUUGCGCCACCGGAGAGAAAGUACUCUACCUGGAUCGGAGGCAGUAUUCUCGCUGGAUUGAGUACAUUCCGAAAGAUGUGGGUGAGCAUUGACGACUGGCACGAGAACCCUGACAUUAUCCAUACCAAGUUCACGUAA